GUCACCGCCUCCGGCUCGGCCCGGCUGUCACCGCCCCGGCUGUCACUCGCCGGCCCGGCCGCGCUUGGGGCCCGCGCCGCUUCCCGGCUGGCGCGGCGGGUCGCCACUCCUCUCCGCGGGGAUCGCUCGGGGAGCUCCGCCAUGGAGACGGGGACGCCGGGGGGAGUCAGUGUCCAAGAUGAGGCUGUGGACAAAAGCAACUUUAAGAAAUGCAACCAGAUUGCUUUUUACAGGCGUCAGAAACUUCUACAUCCUGGAAAAUCCUUGUACCGAGUGUUGUUGGAUUCAGUCACAUUAAGUGAUGAGAAUGUCAAAUUCCAAAUCAUUCAUGAGGAGAGUAAGGUUCUUCUACAAGUAGAAAUUUAUGAAAUAGAAGGCAAUAUUUUCAGGCUUAAAAUCGAUGAGGCAUCUCCUCUCAGACCAAGAUACAAAGUUCCUGAUGUUCUUAUAAAGGAACCUACCACCCAGAAACUGUUCAUAUCCCACAAGGAGGCAGGUAUUUUGGUACUGUCAAGUGUUAAUGAGGACUACAAACUUCAAGUCACAGCAAACCCCUUCCAAGUUGAACUGCAGUCCAAGGGUGAGACUGUUAUGAGCAUGAAUUCCAAUGGGUUGUUGUAUUUUGAGCACGUACAACCACCUUCCAGUGACAGGAAACCUACAACACAAAAUGAGGAGGCAGCAAGUGAUUCCUGUAAGGAAAAACAAGAGGAUCUAGGUCUCUGGCAAGAGAAAUUUGGCAGUUUCUUAGACAUCAAAGCUCAUGGUCCUACUUCUGUAGGCAUGGACUUCUCUUUACAUGGAUAUGACCAUAUUUAUGGAAUACCACAACACACAGAAACACUUCUUCUCAAAAACACCAGUGAUGGUGAUGCCUACCGGCUUUAUAAUUUGGACAUUUUCGGCCACAAGAUACAUGACAAAAUAGGCAUUUAUGGUUCAGUACCCCUUCUCUUAGCACACAAGCCUAACAGAACUUCAGGGAUCUUCUGGCUGAACUCUUCAGAAACACUGGUGGAUAUUAGUACAAAGGCAGUAGCUGAGCACACUCCAUCCAGAUCCGCUGCAGAGACUGCUAAGCAGAGAGCAGUGCCUCUAACUGAUGUACGCUGGAUGUCAGAAAGUGGGAUAAUUGAUGUUUUCCUGCUGAUGGGACCCACUGCAUUUGAUAUCUUCAAGCAGUUUGCACAACUGACAGGCACUCAAGCCUUGCCCCCACUUUUUUCUCUGGGCUACCAUCAGUGCAGGUGGAAUUAUGAGGAUGAGCAAGAUGUCAAGGCGGUGGAUGCUGGCUUUGAUGCACAUGACAUUCCAUAUGAUGCCAUAUGGCUGGAUAUAGAGCACACAGAUGGCAAGAGGUAUUUUACUUGGGACAAACAGAAAUUUCAGAACCCCAGAAAGAUGCAAGAACAUCUCAGGAAGAAAAAACGCAAGCUUGUGGUCAUCAUAGAUCCUCAUAUUAAGGUUGAUCCCUCCUAUACCCUGUAUGCACAAGCAAAAGAAAAAGGUUAUUUUGUGAAAGACAGAAAUGGGCAAGAUUUUGAGGGCAUCUCUUGGCCAGGUUCCUCUUGUUACCUGGAUUUCACCAAUCCUGAAGUACGAAAAUGGUAUGCAGAUCAAUUUGCCUUCAAAACAUACAAGGCAUCCACCAAUAUCCUCUUUGUAUGGAAUGAUAUGAAUGAGCCUUCAGUCUUCAAGGGGGCAGAACUAACAAUGCAGAAAGAUGCUGUGCACUACAACAACUGGGAGCAUCGGGAAGUACACAACCUCUACGGAUUCUACCAGCAAAUGGCAACUGCAGAAGGACUCAUCAGACGUUCUUCAGGAAAAGAGAGACCAUUUGUCCUCACACGAUCUUUCUUUGCUGGAUCACAGAAGUAUGGGGCAGUGUGGACUGGAGACAACACGGCAGACUGGAGUUACUUGAAAAUAUCCAUUCCAAUGCUUCUUACCAUCAAUAUGGCAGGGAUUUCAUUCUGUGGAGCUGAUGUGGGAGGGUUUAUUGGAGAUCCAGAAGCAGAGUUACUUGUUCGCUGGUAUCAGGCGGGAGCCUACCAGCCCUUCUUCAGAGGUCACUCUAACAUGGAGAGCAAACGGCGCGAACCGUGGCUCUUUGGGGAGCAGAACACGCAGCUCAUCAGGAGAGCCAUUAGAGAGCGCUACGUCCUCCUGUCCUACUUAUACACUCUGUUCUAUCGGGCACACACGGCGGCUGAACCGGUCAUGAGGUCUCUCUGGAUAGAGUUUCCAGGGGAAGUGGAAACUUUUGAUGUGGAAAAUGAGUACAUGCUGGGAAAUGCUUUGUUGGUGCAUCCAGUCACAGAAAAAGAGGCCAAGACAGUGACAGUUCUGUUUCCAGGGUCAGAGGAGAUUUGGUAUGAUUUCAGAAAAUUUAAGCGAAUGGAAGAUGCAGGCACAGUGAAGAUCCCAGUAACACUGGAGAAUAUUCCUGUAUUCCAGCGGGGGGGCACUGUGAUACCACUGAAGACCACAGCUGGAAAAUCCACUGAAUGGAUGACAGAUACUUCUUAUGAACUCCACGUGGCCUUAGACACAGAGGCCUGUGCUGUAGGUGAGCUCUACGUAGAUGAUGGGCAUUCAUUUCAAUAUCUCCACAAGAAACAGUUCCUAUAUCGGAAAUUCACUUUCCACAAGAACAUUCUCUCUUCCAGCUGCGUAGAUGAAAGCGGACUGUACCACACUACAUGCGUAGUUGAACGGGUGAUAAUUCUGGGAUUUGGAAAUCAACCCACUUUUGUGACAGCCAGUUCCAAGGAUGGGAAAAAAAAAGAAGUGGUUUUCACAUAUGAUACAAAGACCUCUGCGCUGACACUGGAAAAGUCAGCCCUGCGUGUCGAUGCUGACUGGGAGAUCUGUAUCAGCUGAAAGGAGAUGCAACUUCUUCAGAGGAACCAUUCAUUGAGAGGGUGACGAGAAAUAAACUGGGAGGACUUCAGAUGUUUACUGAAUCCAAUUAAAUGAACAAACGUAUUUUCCACCAACACACCCUAACUAACAUUUCUCACAAUAUUUUUUUGAAGCACUAAUUUGGACCUGGAUAACUUCUGUUCAGCAAAAGUAAUAGCACCGGGAUUGUAUCUUUGGGGAAAUAAGCUAAAUACUAUUUGCAUUAGGCUAGCUUGAGUUAGGCAUUAAGCUUCGGUUCUGCCUUCACUUGCAAUAAAAAAUUGAGUUGAUGGGGUGAGAUUGUGGCUUGUUGGCACAGGCCAAUACUUAAUAUAAGCUUUUGAAAAUCACACUAUUCAGAGACUGGAGUACUUGAGGAGAUCUGGGUUCAACAAGCAGCAUCAGCAGAUAUGAUAGACACAGAGGUUACCACCAGAGUCCUGCCUGACAGCUGCCUUCUGAAAACAAACACAGAAGGAGCCACCCAGUGUGAUCACAGACACUUCUGCUUUCCAGUCCUUAUGACAAUGCAAAAUUAGGUGGUUUGCACAGGAAAGUAAACAGCAUGCUCUCCAAACAGCUCAGGCACUGGAGGUUGGGUACCUUGUGCCAGUCAGUUGUGCAAUAGUAGAAGAUGGGAAUGUGGCUGUGCAGAAGGCUCCCUAAUAGACAGCUUUGAAACCUGGAUUUCAAAAGGGCACAGAUCCUCAUAGGUGCAGUACUGGCUUAGGAUAGCAGCUAUUCUCACACAAAAACAUUUUCUAUGUUACUGCCCCCUCCAUCUGCAAGUACUACUUUAAAAAAAGUUUUCUCUUAGGAAAGAAUUGGAAUUGAUGAUUGAACAUCAUUGAUUAAAGCCAGCCCAGUGAAGGAGCUAUGCUUUUCCAUAUCUUUCAAGUCCUGCCAAGUUUUGGCUUCCUUUACACGAGUUUUGGUCAUGUCACUUUUUAGUAUCUGGCUGAGGUUUGAGCUAGGCAUUUAUUUUAAUUUUAAUGGGAUUAAUUCUGCAUUCAGGCAUCUCACUUCAUGCUUAUUUCUCCUUUCUGUUACAACUCAGCCUAACUCCCUUGCCUUCUUUUCCCACCAUCUCUGCAAACAGAACUGAUGUGUUUUGAUGCUUGCUUCACUUGCAAAACAGAGACAUUCUGAGUCCAACAUCCACAUCCUGCCUGUUCCCUCAGGCUUUUCUGUAUUAGGCAUCUCCUUUCAGAGGCUGCCAUUGCUCCACAGAAUUUGUUUGCCCUUUCCAUUUGCUGCACUUGUCAGCUAUGUUAUUUUGAAACCAGUUCUGCUUUGAGUCAAUCCUGAACAUGCCACCAGUUGGGUUUCUGUUUUUUCUGGAUUUCGAGUUAAUUUAAUUUCUUUUAGUAAGAUAAGGAAAUAUUUUCGAAAAACAACAGUAAAUUAACUUGUAAGAAACAGAGAAGGAUGGUCACCAUUUUUGCCAGCUAAAGGUAACAUAACAUUACAAAUCCUCCCUGUCAUUCCCACCUGCUGCUGUUUGUCCUCUGCAGGGCAGAAUUCUGGGAAUAGCAAGUGUGGGAGCAAACUGUGAGUACUCUGCUCUUGACUACUCCAGCGUAGUUUGUUCCCCACCAGAUCCUUGGCUUCUAUCUUGUCUUAUUGUGCAGAACUUUUUGUCAGCACCUUCCAGGAGACAGUGUGAGCCUCCACUCCAGGAACUGAGAGCAUAAAUACUUCUGUGCUUAAUGCAAAUGUGUUAAUCCAGGUAGAAAAGCUGCAAAUAGAUCUUUUACAUCUGUGAAAAGAGAGACUGACCCUAUUUUUCUAUCAACUUCUAAGCUUUGAUUGAUGUUUUCUUCCUAUGUUUUAGCAUAACAGUGCUUCUGACAUGAUAUAGUUAUUGUCUUGGGUAAUUUUAUAAACUACUUUAACUGCUAUUUCUCAAAUUGGAAAGUGAAAUAAAGUAAUAAUGAAGCAAGUUACAUGCCUUUUUCCUUCCAGCCUUCUUUCUACUGUUAAGAAUACUAGUAAAUAUUCUUGCAAGAUUAUCUGGUUAAAGUGAAUGACUUGCUUUAUUCUCUGGCCCUCGGUAAGAUAUCUGUACCACAGUAAAUACUCAUGGGUCAAACUUUCACUGGUAUGAAGUUCCUAACAUCUAUGGAUUUCAGUAGCAAUUAGCUGCUGAAAAUCUUAGCAGUUGUGUCUUUAGAUCUGAUAAAUUUCAAAUAAUAUGAUUUACAUUGCUGUUGGUAGUAAUUCACAUAUUUUUCCACAUAUUUAUGCCAUAAAUGAAGAAAUAAA